AUGGCCUUUUUGGGCCAAUGUUGUACAAGAAAUUGCCUGGGUUCAAAGAACAGCUUCACUACGUUUUCAGUUUCCAAGCCAUGCAAGGCAAGGCAGGUUAGAAACAUAGUUACUAACCAGCACAACACUAGUUUCAGACGCACAUUUCAUCUACUAUCACCAGGAGGAAAGAAGCACUCGAGAAUUAUCUUUCAAAACAACAAAGAAUAUCGAUGGAGACUAUGUGGCAGUGAUGACGGCUCAUGUGGGAUUGCCCCUUUGUCACCUCAAAUUCCCUCUGCAGUGGACGUGAUCGAAAAGUUUUACCAAGCCAUCAAUUCCGAGGAAACUGAAAAAUUGGAUGAGAAAUUGGACCAAAUCUUGUCAGAUCAUUGUGUAUAUCAAGACCUUUUCUUUUACAUCCCUUUUGAAGGAAAACAGGAUAUUAAAAACUUCCUGCACAACGUUAAGGAUGCAAUGGGACCUCAUAUUCAUAUGGUUGUGGAUAGUAUGAAGGAAGGAGAGAAUUAUUCUGCUAGUGUAUUUUGGCAUCUAGGAUGGAAAGGCAAACAAAUACCCUUUUCGACUGGUUGCGGAUUCUUUGAAUGUGAAGAAGUUCAGGGAAAGCUCCUAAUUAGGAAAAUAACAGGUGUUGAAGAAUUUCCAGUAAAACCUGGUGACUUAUUACUGAAACUGUUGAAGGCAAUCAGCGAUACUUUUGAACGCUACCCAAGGUUAGCAGAAGGGAUGCUGCAGCUAAAUUUCCAGGGCACACAUGAAGGAGGAGGACCAGAUCAGUCGCUUUUAGACACUUUUUUUGGGUUGAAACACUGAUACAUGUACAUGAUACUCACAAUUCUUUUAUU